AUGUCCUUCAUCAAGUUUACUCGUUUCGCCACUUCGCGUACAUUUUGCUCAAAUGUAGGUCCAAUUCAUAGUGCUAUUAAAGAAAAGCUUACUGCUCUUUUCAAGCCCUCUCAUUUAAAUAUCGUUAACGAAAGCCACAACCAUUCAUCAAACAUCGGCAAUGAAUCUCAUUUUCGGAUCUCUAUUGUUUCGAAGGAUUUUGAGAACAUUGGAGAUGUUACACGACAUCGGUUAAUCAAGAAGGCACUUCAACAUGAAUUUGAUAGUGGUCUACAUGCUCUAUCCAUUGUCGCAAAAUCGCCUUCAGAAGAGUUGAAGGAUUCAAAAUCUGUGCCGUGCAUUGGUAAAUCAAGAAUCGUUGAUCUUAGUAGUUGA